AUGGGUCCCAGUCCCAAUCCCAAUCCCAAUCCCAAUCCCAAUCUCAAUCCCAAUCCCGAUCCAGAUCCCAGCCCCAAUCCUGGUCUGUUGGACCCCAAUCCCAAUCCCGAUCCGUUGGGUCCCAAUCCCAAUCCCAAUCCUGAUCCCGAUCCCAAUCCCAAUCCCGAUCCUGACCCCAAUCCCAAUCCCAGCCCCAAUCCAGGUCCUUUGGACCCCAAUCCCGAUCCCAAUCCCGAUCCCGGUCCAUCGGAUCCCAAUCCCAAUCCCGAUCCCAAACCCAAUCCUGAUCCCGGUCUGGUGGGUCCCAUUCCUAAUCCUAAUCCCAGCCCCAAUCCAGGUCCAUUGGACCCCAAUCCCAAUUCCAAUCCCGAUCCCGAUCCGUCGGAUCCCAAUCCCAAUCCUGAUCCCAAACCCAAUCCCAAUCCCGGUCUGGUGGGUCCCAUUCCUAAUCCCAAUCCCAAUCCCAGUCCAUUAGACCCCAGUCCUGAUCCCAGCCCCAAUCCAGGUCCUUUGGACCCCAAUCCCAAUCCCAAUCCCGAUCCCAGCCCCAAUCCAGGUCCUUUGGACCCCAAUCCCAUUCCCAGCCCCAAUCCAGAUCCUUUGGACCCCAAUCCUGAUCCCAAUCCCGAUCCUGGUCUGUUAGACCACAAUCCCGAUCCCAGCCCCAAUCCAGGUCCUUUGGACCUCAAUCCCGAUCCCAAUCCCGAUCCCGGUCCGUUGGACCCCAGCCCCAAUCCCAAUCCCGAUCCCAGCCCCAAUCCAGGUCCUUUGGACCCCAAUCCCGAUCCCAACCCCAAUCCCAAUCCCAAUCCCGAUCCCAGCCCCAAUCCAGAUUCUUUGGACCCCAAUCCCAAUCCCAAUCCCGAUCCCGGUCCAUUGGACCCCAAUCCCAAUCCCAAUCCAGAUCCUUUGGACCCCAAUCUUGAUCCCAAUCCAGAUCCCAGCCUCAAUCCAGGUCCUUUGGACCCCAAUCCCGAUUCCAAUCCUGAACCCGGUCCGUUGGAUCCCAAUCCCAAUCCCGAUCCCAAAUCCAAUCCUGAUCCCGGUCCGGUCGGUCCCAUUCCUAAUCCCAAUCCCAGCCCCGAUCCAGGUCCUUUGGACCCCAAUCCCAAUCCCAAUCCCGAUCCCAGCCCCAAUCCCGGUCCAUUGGACAACAAUCUCGAUCCCAGCCCCAAUCCAGGUCCUUUGGACCCCAAUCCCGAUCCCAACCCCGAUCCCAAUCCCAAUCCCAAUCCAGGUCCUUUGGACCCCAAUCCCAAUCCCAAUCCCGAUCCCAGUCCAUUAGACCCCAAUCCCAAUCCCAGCCCCAAUCCAGGUCCUUUGGACCCCAACCCCAAUCCCAAUCCCAAUCCCAAUCCCAGUCUGUUAGACCCCAAUCCCAACCCCAAUUCCAAUCCCGGUCCGUUAGACCCCAAUCCCAAUCCCAAUCCAGGUCCUUUGGACCCCAAUCCCGAUCCCAAUCCCGAUCCCGGUCCGUUGGAUCCCAAUCCCAAUCCCAAUCCCGAUCCCAAUCCCAAUCCCGGUCCAUUGGACCCCAAUCCCGAUCCCAGCCCCAAUCCAGAUCCGUUGGACCCCAAUCCCAAUCCCAAUCCAGGUUCAUUGGACCCCAACCCCAAUCCCAAUCCCGAUCCCGGUCCGUUGGACCCCAAUCCCAAUCCCAAUCCAGGUCCUUUGGACCCCAAUCCCGAUCCCAACCCUAAUCCCAAUCCCAAUCCCGAUCCCAAUCCCAAUCCAGAUCCUUUGGACCCCAAUCCCGACCCCAAUCCCAAUCCCAAUCCUGAUCCCAAUCCCAAUCCAG